AUGGUCGCCCCUCUCACCUCUCGUCGCUGGGAUCUCAUCUACGUGAUCUACUUCAUCACGCACAUCCCUCCUACCCUUCUGCUCGAUCUUCAGUCAAUAUACCCCAAGGAGCAUGUCCCGGCUUUCAUGAGUGGUCUUUUGAGGACCUACUUUGACACAUUGCAUGACCCGCUUGUGGGCCGUGCCGCGGGGUUCUAUGGGGAGAAGGCCGCGGACGAGAUGCUCUGGCUGAAGACCUUCAUGAGCCUCGAGGCUGUCUUUCAGCUACCCGUCUUCUUCAUCGGCGCGUACUGCCUGAUUAAAAGUGCGUGUAUCCGCUCAAUAUAUCCGAUCCUUCUCAUCUAUGGCGCGUCUACCGCAACGACAACGCUGCCGUGUCUCGUAUACCUUUACACCACCCCGAAUACCGACGAGUGGACGCAAGCGAACAACGUGCCCUCGGUCACUUCUCAAGAGCGACUCAUCCUCCUGUCCAGCUACGCGCCAUACUUCUUGAUACCCCUUGUCAUGGCAGUAGACAUGGCGUUCCGGCUGGGGAGGACGAAGAAGACCGGCAAAGCAGGAAAGAAGGAUUAG